GUGUCAUUUUGCUUGACUUUUCACUAUAUAAAUUAGCCUAAAUUAGUGAAUAAUGUGUCACUCUUUAAAGUAAGCUUGCUGCAUUUAUAGUGACCUUAGUGUUAAAUAGGAGGACGGAGUUGUAUAGUAUUUAUAGCAGAACAGAAGCGCCGCCGUUUGCACUGAUUACACAUUCCUUGAGCAAUGGAAACAUUACAAAACCAACAAAAGUAUUAAUGUCACACUAUGAUUAAGGGAAAUAAAAAGAUCCAGUUUCGUGGUAACUCUCGGACAAAUUAGGGGAAUUCUAAAGUGCUCCGGGCAGCCAAUCAGCGCGAAGGUAAACAAGUGCGUGUCAGGUCGCUGUACUAACUUCUGUCUACUUCUGCUGUGUAUGCGACUGGGAUUGGAACGCAGAGCUAAAGGAGUAAAAGUUGUGGACGGAGAGGACGAAAGCAAAGCCUACAAAUGUGAGCAUGGCCAACCCUUGCUGCCUGCCCAUACUGCCAUGCCAGGAUGUACAAAACAUCUGCUUGAUCCAAACCAGCUCCGGUCCUUGCCUUAGAGGUUACUUCAGGAACAAGCAAGUAUCCAUCAAACUCCUGAGCAUCCACAGCGUGUCUCAAAGCACCUGGAAUGAAUGCCUUAGAGAGGUUUCAUUGGCUGUUCAGAUUAAAUCAAACAAGUUAUUGGCUCCCCUUGGAAUCUACAACUGUCCUAUGUUCUUGGGCAUUGCUUCUGAUUGGAUGGGUGGUGGAUCCUUACACUCACUCUUGUAUGAGCAUCUUGUCUAUCCUGAGUUGCCUUUUCCUCUGCUUCUCAGAAUAUUAUUGGAAGUGGCUGAAGGGUUACAUCACUUGCAUAGCUUAAGUCCUCCCCUCGUUCAUCAGGCACUAAAACCAACUAAUGUGUUAGUUGACAUGAAGUUUCAUGCAAAGGUAUGUGACUUUGGCCUAUCACAUUGGAGAAGAUUAAAUGUCUCCGAUGAGAGAAAUGUACUCUGCACCAGAGACCAAGUAUACCUGUCACCACAGAUCCACCAAGGACAGGCACCUUCAGUUAAGGAUGAUGUUUACAGUUAUGGAUUGCUUGUUUGGGAGACCGUUAGAAGAAGAAUUCCAUUUGAAGAUAUCUGCCAACCCCAAGAACUAGUUUCAUGUGUCUUAAGAGGAAUUCGACCAAGUACAGGAGAAGAUUUCAUAUCUGCUUCUGUACCACAUCGGAAUUUAUUGGUCCAUCUUAUUACUCGUUGCUGGAGCCCUGAUAAAGACUCCCGCCCAGAGGUCAGAGAAUGUGUUGCAGAUUUUCAAAGAGCUCUAGACACCUUUUCUCCAGACAUGAUAUCAAGGGCUGUUCUUCAGCUACAGGAGAGGGCAAUGAAAAGCUGUGUGAAUCAGGCAAAUCGGGUACUGCAUAUUGACUUGAACAAUCUGGAGAUUUCUUGUCAUCCUACUGGCACUAAAAUGGAUAUCAACAAAACUGUUCCCUUAGAAAUACCAAAGACGCCACUUUGUACACUCCCAAUCCCUGACUAUUUCAUGAGAAAUUCUAGAAAUCCUAAUAUUCCACGGUGUUUGGCCCAGGAUGGUGCCAUUCAGAGCAGUGAAAACAAGAGUUGCUACUGCACUGGUUUGUUUUCCCCAAAGCCAAACUGCCCUAUGGCUGCAGGAUUAUCCAGGCAAACCAGUUCCACCAGUUACUGCCAAAUGAAUCCACAUCAACACUUUCAGCAGCAAAAGUCAUUUGGAGAGAAUGGGAAUUACAUGUUAGGCUACCGACGAUUGUUGCAAGGACAUCGGGAGUCAAUAAUUCGUGGGAUGACAGAAGGAAGGUUAAACUACAUCUUGGAUUUGUUGCGAUCACGGCAGGCACUUCCUCGAGAGGAUUAUGAAUACAUCAAGGCUGCUUUGACAAUUUCUGCAAAAACUCGCUCUCUGCUGGAUACCUGCCAGUUUUUAGGAGAAGGUGUGGCACAGCUGGUGGUCCAAACUCUGGGUCUGGUUACUCAGGAAGGAUGUUCGAGCCAGCCCAUUUUUAAAAUUACCUAUUAGUAUAUUUAAUCUUCAAGGCUGCCAAUUACAGUCAUGCAGGGCAUUGUUGAGCUUAAUCAGGAAUGACAUGUUCAUAGACUGAAAAAGAAUGUAAUCCUGUUGGUAAGCUUGGUCAUUAAUAACAAUUGCAUUGUUAGGGCAAGAGACAGAUCAUACAUUUUUCUUAUUUCGAGGGAUUAGAACAUUGUUUAUAACAUAAUAUUACUUAAGGUAUUAGAUAGAAGGUUAAUUAGAAGUAUGAUGGCCUAAGGUAACAAGGAAGUAUCAGAUAUGUUUGAUUGUCAAGAAAAUACUAAGUUUUGAAGCCAUGGAGAACAGAAUUCAAGGAAAUCCACAGAAGUCUAUAAAUUUACUUUGGGACCGAAUGAAAAAUCAACACUAUAACAGAAUCUUUUUACUAACUUUUUAGGAUUGGUGACAUCAUAGUAACCUAUAGGAAAACAGAAGGUUACACUUUAAGCAGUGCUAUUGUUUUGUAAUCCCACCCAUCACUUAUUGUGUUACAUUUUUCAAGCCAAUUAUGUUUACAUUGUUAUGAAACAAUUAUAUGUUAAAACACUUGUACUAAAGCUGUCUACUUCUAAAGCUCCUUGGAAUGGCAUUUAACUUAGAAAAGUGUUAAAUAACAUAAAGGUGGACUGGUUAGUUAUUUACAUAUAAAGGGGCUGAAAAUAAGAAGCACAAGCUUUCAUACUACACUACCAGUCAGAAGUUUUAGAACACCUCAGUUUUUCUUCAUACAGUAUUUAAUCAGUUGAAAGGCAAUUAAUAAUGUAAAAUGAUGAAAAGGUAAGGAGUAAACUGUCAGAGGUUUAAAUUUAAAGUUUAGGUUAGCAAAAACUUAAAAAAGAAGAAUAUCAGAAAAUUACAAAUGGGCUUUCUUCAGGGAACUACUAAUAGUUUACAACCUACUGAAGUCCUGAAGCAGUUAAAGCAAAUUAAGCGUUGCAAGUUGAAGCAAACACUUUGCACAGGUGUCCCAACUUCUGUUGAUUAUUUAAAACUUUUUGUCUGUCUUAAAAAAGAGUUGGAACAGACUG